CGAGCUGCAGUGCGCGUGGAGUGGUAGGCAGCAGGAGAGCGAGGUGGGCGGUGUGGGCGUGGGCACGGUGGAGGCUGUGCGAGGCAGCGUGCACAACGGCUGUGAGCCACAGCAGCAGCCCGCCUUGCCGCACCAGGUGGCCCGCGUACGAGGGCAGGCAGCACACGCGCCGCAGCACCUGCAGAAUCAGCUUGCAGGUGAACACAUCGCUCACCCCACACGCGAAGAAACUUCCCAGAAGCUCCACAACAAAGCGGCGCCGCAGAACAGCAUCCCCCUCAAAACUGCCAGCCUCGUGCCCUUCGUCUGCGUUGCCACUGCCCCCAUCCCCAUCGCCGACCUUGUCACCGCCCCCCCUGCCACCACCCAUCUCUUGCCCUUCCCCUCCAGCAGCCAGUUGUGGGGCAAGGGGAAGUAUCAAAGGGGCGGCGGCUGGGAGGGCGAGGGCGGCCAGGAGGUGCAGCAGCCACGUGCGCUGGGCGCGGUGGUGGGGCGAGCCGCUCAUGAGGCACGGCAGCAGCAGUGGCACGGUCUGCAGCGGUGGGAAGGGGGAGUGGAACAAUGA